AUGAGCUCUGUUUGGAACUACUAUAAGAAGACUAUUGAUGCUGACACCAACACCGAGUGCGCCACCUGCAACUUUUGCGAAAAAUCUUUCCGUCUUCCAAAAUCAAGAACAACAACAAAUUUACUUGAACAUGUGCGAAGGAAGCACAAAACAGAAGUAGAGAAUCUUGCAAAAGAAGCCAAAAUGGAAGCAAAGAAAGAUAAGCAGGAACACAAGGAGCACAUCGACAAGAAUUUGAUCGUAUUUUUGGCUAAAGCAUCCCUGCCGUUACACGUAACGGAGCUCCCAUCUUUCAAAGAAUUCUCACAGUCACUGAAUGCAUCAUACGCUGUACCAAGCCAGAAGACGCUUUCAAACCUUAUGCAGAAAGAGCUGGCCAACAUUGACGAAGAAAAUAGGAGGCUUUGCUCUGGUGAUUCUCGAGUCGCAAUAACAACUGAUGCAUGGACUUCCAAGAAUGCUUCUUGUUCUAUGCUAGCAAUCACGGGACACUAA